CCAUUCAUCAUUACCCACAAAGACUUGAUUGUAAAAUUGUUUUUAAAUUAAUAUAAUUAUUAAAACAAAGCGAACAGGAAAUUCGAUAUUUGUACAAGUUUCGGAUCAGAGUGUUUUGAUGAUCUUUUGAAAUGGAACAAAAUCAUCAUACAACAACUAGUAAUAAUAGUGGUGGUAGUGGUGUUGGAGAGGAUCAAAUACUUACUCUCAAUAUUAAAAAGAAAUAUCCUCCUCAUCUUCAAUUAUCUAACAAUAACUUUACAGGGAAUGGAAGUAGUACGAACAGUUUGAAUAAUUCUAGUGGUGCUUCUAGAGGAGUGAAUGAACAAGUGGAGAUUGGUUGGGUUGAUACACCAAUGGAUGAGAAGGAAUUGGUUGGUAAUUAUAAUCCGUAUGCUAUUCCUUUCUCUUCACCAAUUACUGCUCGAUCAAGACCAACACUCAUUUAUCCUAAUCAAACGAAUGGAAGGAUUAAUCAUCAGCAACAACAAAUGCACUCGGAGGAAAUUAUUAUUGAGGAGCACCCAUCAUCAAUAGGAACCUCCUCUGUUUAUGAAUCUUCACACAUUCAAAUACCAAUGAUUGGAGUUAAAAAAUUGAACAAAAUUAGACAAGAUAGUAGUAAGGAUCUGUCAGAACACAUGCCACAUAUCAAUAAUCUUAGUGUUAAAUUAUUGACACAUAUAUUUUCAUUCUUGUGUGACCAAUUAAAUGAAAAGGAGGAACAAGAGGAUUCCGAAUCGGAUGAUGAGGAGUUUGAUGAGGAUCCAGAGGUUGCACUCAAUACUGCUAGGAAUAAGUUACGAAAUGCUCCACAUUCAUUGGAGGAUUUAGUGAUGGAAGGGUCUAAGAGUGGCAGCUUGACAACUCCGACAAUACCUAAAAGAAAAAAUUCAAGUGAAAAUAGGAAUAGUAAAAAGUAUUAUUCAGAAUUUGAAAUUGAAGAGGAUGACGGAUUAACCUCUGAUUGGUUGAGUGCUGGAUUAGGACAUAAAAAGUUUGUGGACACUGAUAGGAUUGUAGGGAGUGCAACUGAGAGAAUUAAAAAUCUAAAGAGAAGUAUUUCAGUUCCCUCAAUUUCCUUGCUUCUCUCUAAAAAUUUCUCAGAUUCUGGUCAAUCUAAGGAUGACUCUUCUAUUUUAUUGGAGGAUUCUACUGCCAAUACAGUGAAACAAGGAGCCAAAAAAGUUCUCAACUAUUCAAAGGAACAGAAAAAGAAGGAAAAGCAAAAGAUUAAAGAGCAAAUCAAGUUAAAGAAUAGAUGUGAGAGGUUUAUGGUAAAUCAUGCCAAGAGAAGACACAUUUGGAUUCACCAAGGAAAUGCAAACAUCAGUCUAGUAUGUAAAAAGUGGCACAUUGCCUCUUGUAAUAAUGACAUGUGGAGCUUGGCAACUAUUAUGCUCUUUCUCCAUCUGAGUAGAUUUUCAGUGAGCUUUAGAGCUUUUGAUAAGAAUGAUCUGAACAAGUUGAUAUCCUCAUACUACACUUCACCACAAAGACGUGAGGAAAUUCGUAAGAAGCUUCAAGUAUUAUGUGACUAUUUACUUCCAGAUAAGGAUACUUUUAUGGACGCUGUCGUUCAGGCUAACAAUAAGCAAUUUUCUCUGGAGCAUCUCAAUCAAUUCAGCUCCAAACUUACCUCUGCUAUUUCUAAGAGGGCUGGUGCUGUAAGAAAUACAGUAAAGGCCACUAUGAAUUCCAUCGAUAGAAAAAUUACUGCUACCACAGACACGCUGACAGAAAAAUUGGAACAUCACAUUUCACAAAACAAAAUAUCGAACACUCUCCUCGGUCACGAUAUUAAGGAAAGUACAGAUUCUCCACCUGAUGAUUUCAAUAUUGCUGAAGAGGGAGAGAAUCAAUUAUUGGAAGCACCUCAAAAUACCGUUACACCACCUGGUGAGGCUGUACCCACCACUCCUUUGGCUGAAAAUCAAGAUGUAGAGGAUGAAUUUGAGGUUAUUCCAUCUCCUCACACUAUCAAUCAAGAUAUUAUUGAUAGUGCCAAGAAGAGAAGAAAGAAACAAAAGAGAAUGUCAACCAAGGUUGAUAUUAGAAACAUUUUCGAUGAUGAUGGUUUGGAGGAAGAAGAGGAUCCAUCCAACCUCCUCUCUUCUAAUAGAAUUACCAAUACACGUAAAAAGAAGAGAAAUGGAAAAUCAUUACAAGAUCCAGAAUUGAAAGAUUUGAACAUUCACUCUAAAAAGUAUCGCUUCUUCAAGGAUACAUUCAUUGAAAUGAAAAAGAUUCAACAAUUUGAAUACGAAAGACUGGUGAAUCUGAAAAUAGUUGAGAAUGACAAACCAGAAAAGAAGGAAAAUAUUAAAUUCCUCCUAAGAAAUACCUUUCCAGAAAUGCUUAGCACCAUUGUAGCCACCACCUUCUUAUUCAUGUACAUAUUUACUACCAUUCCAGUUAUUGCUUCUUCCUCAACAAUGUACUAUACACCAUCUUUGAUAUUUUGGGUCUGGUCUCUAGUAAUUUAUUUACCAACUUGGACUGCUGUUUGGAUUACCAGUUUUGUUCUGUACAGGAGAAUUAACAAGUUGUUGAGUUCAUCUCAUUCCAACCCUGAUAACAUGACCUCACCAAGAAAUACAGAUACAGAAGCUCUACUCCCCUCCCGACAAAAUGAGGAUGAAUUCCAACUUUGCCUCGCAUGGAUUAAGAGUUGGAUCAAUCCUCCCUCUCCUGCAAGAGAAUUCUAUGAGGAAAAUUCAAUCGGCCUCACGGGAGCUGACAAGACACUCUUUUACAUGAAACGUUUGCAAAUGAAAUUGACCUCACAUUCAUUCUUUUACCAUUUGAUUGGAAUAAUGUUCAUCGUGCCAGUCAUGAUUUUGACACUUUUAGAUUUUUUAAUGAUUCAAUUUGAAGUGAGUGGAUGGUUUGGAGUUUUUGCAAUUCCAUGUUUUAUUUAUUUUGUUGCAGCAAUAAUUUCAGGAUUAUUAUUCGUCAUUGCAAUUUGGGAUAGUAUUGUCUACUUGUUCAGAAAAUACAUUUCAUACGAUUUAACUGAAGCCAUGAAGAGACAAUUAAGGGUCAUCUCUAUACGAAACUUUCCCUUCUUGCUUGCAUACGGAGCUGCAAUGAGUUUCUUGCUUGUUUGGUUUUUGGUUGCAUUCUCCGCCUUUUUGGAUCAUCAAGAUACUGCGAAUGAAGAAAAUGUUGGAAAGGAGAAUAACCAUCCAGACACUAGAUUUUCAUUCGAGGGUAUUGGCUACACUUUUGGACCACUCUAUAUUGGAGAAGUAUUAACAUUGUUUCUCUACUUGUUUGCGCUCAUAAUGCGAAGUAGUUAUUACAAGAAUUGGCUCAUGAGAACGAGUAUUUUGUGCGUUGCAUGUGCUGCCUCUCAGAUUUUCAUUACAUUGUUGGCCACUACUUCUCUUGAGGUGAUGUGCUACUUGACCAUUAUCAUUCCAGUGGUUGGAAUUUUCUUAAUGGUAGUAAUUCCUCAAUUGAGAUAUAUUCAUCAAGUUGGUUCUAGAUUUUAUUACAUGCUUAAAUAAAAUCAAUUUGUUCCA